UCCAUGAAGCAGAAGUGUCAAGGAUCCACCAAGGUGAAGAGGGCUCAAUUGCAAGCUCUAAGGCGUGAAUUUGAAGUGCUGGGAAUGAAAGAAGGAGAGACUGUGAACGAGUAUUUCUCAAGAACCCUGGUAAUUGCCAACAAGAUGAAGAUACAGGGAGAGGCAAUCACAGAGACCUCGAUUGUGGAGAAGAUCUUGAGGUCCAUGACUGAGAAAUUCAACUAUGUGGUUUGUUCAAUUGAGGAGUCAAAUGAUGUGGGUACUCUUACAAUUGACCAGUUGCAGAGUAGCUUACUGGUUCAUGAGCAGAGAAUGCGUGGCUACAAGGAGGAAGAACAAGCAUUGAAGGUGUCAAAUUCUGGAAAAUUUACUGGUAGAGGUCGAGGAAGAUCUGGAAGAGGUGGCAGAGGUCGGGGUUGA